AGUCUGACAUUUCACCUUUUCUCUGUAUGGUUUUGUUAUCACAUUUUUGUUAGUUUUUAUGUUCGAUCGUGUAAAUAAAGAGCAUUUUUGCGAAUAGAUUAAUCAAUCUAAUCGUUCGGUCUGUGAUCGAAAUUUAGUCAUAAUGCAUUUCAAAUCAUUCCCGUGCACAUUUUUAUUGUUAGUAAUUGUUACCACUGUAUUGGCUGGACCGGAAGAGAAUGAGGGAGUCCGAUAUGCCGACAGAUGUGAGGCCUGCAAAAUUUUAGCAACAGAACUUCAAGGUCGACUUUCGGAGACGGGAAAAUCUCACGACGUCUUAGAGAUGGGCUAUUCACUGGACGAUGUAAAGCCAAAGAAACGUACAGCCUACAAAAAAAGUGAACUUCGUCUGCUGGAAUCACUGGAGAAUGUUUGUGAUCGAAUUUUAGAAUACAACAUCCAUAAGGAACGUAAAGACAGUACUCGAUUUGCCAAAGGAAUGUCGCAAACAUUCAAAACGUUACAUGGUUUGGUGGAUAAAGGCGUUAAAGUUGAGCUGGGCAUUCCAUACGAAUUGUGGGACAAUCCAUCGGUUGAGGUGACCAACAUGAAAUCGCAAUGUGAGAGCUUAUUGGAACAACAUGAAAAUGUGAUUGAGAGCUGGUACUUUAAGCAUCAGGAGAACGUGCCAUUAAUUAAAUACUUCUGUGAAGACCGAGCAUUGAAGGGAAUGGAUACAAAAUGUUUGUAUGAGGAUGUGGAAGAGAAAAAGGGUGAAACCGACGAUGAGGAAGAUGAACAGAACGUUGUAGAGAAAGACGAGCUGUAAGAGAACUGUAAUCAUAUUUUAUUUCCAAUCGAAGUCUUGCGAACAAAUACAAAAUUAGGACAUAUCGUUACCCAUAAAGUUCACACAUCACGAACGUCAUAUUUGAUAAGAUUCUCUGAAAACAUUGUCUCCUAAAUAAAAUCCAUUUUUAUAUUGACGUAAUUGACACCA